AUGGAUCUCGUUGCCGGCGUCCGAAAAGAAGGCAGCCGCGGCGGCCGCGGCGACUUCAAAUGGUCGGACGUUAAAGAUUCUUCACAUCGCGAAAACUACCUUGGUCAUUCUCUCAUGGCACCUGUUGGACGAUGGCAACAGGGUAAAGACUUACAAUGGUACACGCGCGGAGAGGAUGACCCAGAGGAAGCGGCCAGAAAGGGACGAGAGGAGCGACAGCGCGUCAAAGCUGCGGAGGAGGAGGCCAUGGCUCGGGCUCUGGGUCUUCCAUUACCAUCCCAGAACGCGAACCUGAUGCCGUUAGGGGGGGAGGAAAGACCGGCAACUAGCGGGAAUUCAGAUGAGAAGACAACAGGUAUGGGAGGGAACAAUCAGUUCAAUUAUACCGUGCAUUUGGCUGAUGAGCUGGAGUAG